AGAGACAAUGGGGGUCAGUUCUGCACUGCAAAGCAUAUGCGGAGUUGCCUGCUGUGUACUCGGUUUACCUGUUUUAGUAACUCUUAAGCUACUAGUGCUUGUCAUACCCAUUUCGGAGAUUGUAAUUGGUGCGCUGUACCUGGAUAGCUGUCCGAUACAGAGAUACAUCCCUAUCUAUCUGGUGGUGACAGGAGUCUUCACCUUGUCCCUGGUGCUUCUGAGCUGCCUGCCCGGCUCACAAGCUGAUGCUGCUGAUGCUGAAGAAGUGAAUGGCAUCUGCUGCAUCUGCAACUGCUGGAACUCCAUCGUCUGCCUCUUCCUCACCUGCUGGUUCAUUGCUGGCAACGUGUGGAUCUACUCAAUAUACCAGCCCAAUUACGACCCAGCUGCAGGGCCCCACUGUGAUAAGACUGCCUACCUGUUUGCAUUUUGGAUAACCACACUGAGCUACAUCAUGGCAGGCGUACACAUUGUUGGAAGUUGCAUAUGCAAGGCAUUACAUUAAUUUGGCUACCAAUUUUUACCCAACGCGACUUUCAACAAAGAAAACAAUUAUUGCAUUAGUUUGGCUAUCACUUUUUAACUAAAGUGACUCCCAACAAGAGAAACAAUUAUUACAUUACAUUUGGCUGA